UAUAUGGAUCAUCACAAGUGUAACUUCACAAUCUAACUUUGCUCUUUUUUCUCAAAUUCUAGCUCUCUCUGUUUUAUAGAAUCUCUGUAUUUUAUUAUACCCCAAUUCCUAAAAAAUCAGUAUUCUCUUCUAAUUAGAUCAAUGUCAGACUACAUACCCAAUGAACUCAUAAUUGAAAUUCUUGUAAGACUCCCCGUACAAUCUCUACUUCGAUUCACAUCUAUCUGCAAAUCAUGGCACUCUCUCAUCACAAACCCUAGUUUCAUCACCAAACACCUCAAUCAAACCAUUACGGACAGAAAAAGAAACAGUGACAAGCUUCUCCUUCGGCUUUACACUGAUAAUGAUGAGAAAGAACACUAUCUCUUGUGCUCCGACGACGAAAAAUUCGGUGACGAUUAUUCGGAAUUCAAGUUCCCAUUCAAAAGCUUAAUUGGGUAUUUCAGAAUUGUUGGUAGCUGCAAUGGUUUGCUAUGUCUUUGCGACGAUUAUUUCGGUGAUACCCAUCAUAUUGUUUUAUGGAACCCAUCAAUUAGGAAAUCAGUGACUCUCCCUAUGCCUUGUAAGCCACAAGGCCCCUAUAUGUUUGUUCUUGGAUUUGGGGCUCACCCCAUGACUCAUGAGUACAAGGUGGUGAGGAUUGUGUAUGAGGAGCAUAUAAAUCGGUUCAAAGUUCCUCCGAAGGUUGAGCUUUACACACAAGGGAUAGGGUCGUGGAGAGAGAUUGAUUCUGCUUCUGCUCCUCCGUAUUGCAUAGUUGAAUUUAUGUGGUCACAAGCUUUUGUGAAUGGAGCUGUACAUUGGGUUGCAUAUGAUCCAAGUGCGGUGGGUGGUUUUUGCAAUUUGAUAGUGUCGUUUGAUAUGGUUUCUGAAGCAUUCUCUGAGAUGAUGCUACCUCCUGCUUUAGCUGGUCGGUGUCCAAUGCGUCUGUCCAUUAAAUUAUUUGGAGAGUCAUUGGCUGUGUUUUGUGGUGCAGAAACACGCAGAUCUUCUUGCUGCAUAUGGGUGAUGAAAGAAUACGGAGUUGCAGAAUCUUGGACUAAACUAUUCAGUAUUAAUCUACCAGGUGUGUUGAACAAGACGUUGGGAUUUAGGCAGAAUGGUGGGGUUCUGCUAUCAACAACUAACAACUGGCUAAGUGCUUAUGACCCUGGAACCAAAACAAUUUCGAAUACUGGAAUAAAGGGGAGUUCACACUCAUUUAAUGUUGAUACUUUCCUGGAAACCCUAAUUUUAGUGAAAGAACAUACUAAUGUCUUAGAGGGGCAGUUGAACCAUUUGUAAUGCUCUGCUUCCAAUUUCCUAGAGAGCAAGAAAUACAGUUGAAAGAGAAACAGUUAUGAAUAAGCAAGUGAAAACAAAAAAGGAUGUGAGAAGCAAAAGUGAGAUAUCUUUAGACUUGUUACUCAAUAUCACCGUGCUCCAUGUAGGGGAUUUAUAAUGGAAGGUAUUAGAAUACUCUAGGUUAGCUAGGAAGAAACAUCAAGAAAAAUCAUCCAGCUAUAAUUUUAAGCUGAAUGAAUGUUUCUAUCUGCUUCUGAAAAUGCUUCAACUAGUAGUCUGAGCAGUCUUCUCACUGAAUUUAUCCUACAAAAAGAAGAUGGUGUGGGAUUUUAGAGAUGCAAGAUCUCUAGUUUGUUGGGUCCAAUUCUCAAGUAGGACUUCAAAUCUAGAUCCCUCUCUUUGGAAGUGGCAGGAGUUGAAAUGUAAUAACUUUAGAAUCCAGUAUUUGUGCUGUAUACUCUUUAGUUUAUUUGGAUUGAGGUAAGAUUGGAGGGGGAAGAAGAGGUUUAUGGUUUUAAAGGGAAGAAAGGGUAUUUGUAUAGGUAAUAUUGAUUCUAUGAGAAGGUGGAAGGAGGUAAACCUGGCAUUCCACUAGUUGCCUGUUUGUAUCUCAUCACCGAUCCUUUUCUUAACAGAUGCGACUUUGCCUCAAUUUCCUAUGACGCUUUAUUUUGAGAUUCUGUCAAAAGAGGGUGAAGUAGAAAAUCAUUUUUCUCUGGCAGUGGACAAAUGUGGAUCUUGAUAUUAUAGAAUAUAUGUUUAUAGCUGGAGUGGCAGAUCAUCUAUGAGCGACCGUAAGAUGGUUUGGAAAAUGAAUACAUGGAUAUAAAUGUUAAUUGUUGUAGUUGAUUUGUGUUUCCAUAG